ACUCCGCGUAGAACGAUACGUACCGCACGCCGCCGGCCGGCGUGUGAACGCCGUUGUGCAACGGGUCGCCUCAUUAUUUAAGUAUUACGCCAGAGCGACGGCUUCCGGUCUGACUCGUCGCGCGUAAAUUCGCGCGCUCCGGACGGACGGGACCGGACGCGGGUAUUUCAAGACGAUUGGCACAUUUCGGGCUUUAGGGCGAAACCGGAUUUUGGGGGGGGGGGUGGUCCGGUUUUUUUCCCCUUUCUUCUUCUUCUCUUAGUCACUCGUCGCCGCGUCGAUAAAUAGCGGUCACGGUGUCAAGUGAACCUGUGCUUUCCUUCCCUGUCACGAACGCCGUCAGCAGACCGCGGCGCUUCCGUAUUUAUGCCGCGUGAGGGAAUCCCGCCAGGCGGAGCUGCGUACGAGUCUCGCCACACGUUGACGCCGACACACGGCAGCGCCGCCCGCACAAGCUAGACGUGCCGUCGCUUGAGCGCUCACGACAGUCCCCACAUAAGAAGCUGAUGGAUGAACUCACGGACAGAUCGCACGUCAAUCAAAGGAUCCCCGCGGUACAAGCGAAGAACCGAACAGGGAUGAAUGGAGACGACCCAUCGCUGACUAACGCAGACAGGUGUGAGAGUGUCGAGCUGAACCGUUACCUCAGACGGCAGCCCCACGUGUACCCAGUUCAACAUCCUGAGAGAGAGCUGAGAGAAAUACAAUCAGAAAUGUCUACUGAUAACAAUGACGGCACACUGAAAGCACAGAUAGCCGCGUUGGAGGAGCAGAGGCGUGAGCUUCUCUCCAUCAAUAAGAAAUGGUCAGAGCAGUACCAGUUGAUGAUACUGUUCUACAAAGACAAGGUCCAGGAGAUGAAAGCUUUACAGCAAUGUGACCGUUAUCAAGAAAGGUGUGAACCAGGACAAAAUCACGGCAUCUUACAGAAAAAUUUAAAAUCGGAGAUAGCCGUGGAGAAUAAAGAGUGCAAACAGAACCAGAACGGUGAUGUCACUUUUGAGUUACUGAAAACCGAGCAGGAGGCCAAGCUGUUGAGAGCACGGAAUAACACCCUUGCCAGAAGGGAGCAGCAUCAACACAAAGAGAUCAGACGACUCAAUAAGGUCUUAGAGGAUGCCCUUCAGAUGUCUGUUUCCCCUCAGGAGGGCAGUGAAACCCCACAAGAGAUCUGGAAAUAUCAGGCUGAGGUCUAUAAAGAGGACUUUAUGAAGGAGCGGCAAGACAGGGAGAGGCUCAAUGAGAAGCACCUAGAACUAGAAAGGAGGUUCAGAAAAGUUCACUCUGAGCUGCGUAGCAUCAAGUCCCAGAUAACCUGUACACCAGCUUUACCUCAACACCACUGGCGAGUGGUGACCUCUGAAGCUGGGCACGCUACCUCGUCCCCACCCCCACCCCGGGCACGUACGCACACACGCACCAACGACCGCCCGCCCACUACAACCCCCUCCCACCGCUGCAAAUGACUCACUCACACACACACACACACACACACACACACCCACCAAUUCAUUCAUUCCUAGGGACAAUUUUAAUGCAGCCAAUUCACCUGACUUACAUGUCUUUGGACUGUGGGAGGAAACCGGAGCCUCCGGAGGAAACCCAUGCAGACACAGGGAGAACAUGCAAACUCCACACAGAGGACGACCCGGGAUGACCCGCCAAGGUUGGACUACCCUGGGGCUCGAACCCAGGACCUUCUUGCUGUGAGGAGACCAUGCUAACCACUGCGCCACUGUGCCGCUGGACUGAGCCAUGUCAAGUUAUUAAUUCUGAGUCCUCAAUCUAUGCAUUUGAGCUCUUACCCAGUAUGAAGUAAUUUUAAUAUUUUUAAUGUUUUUUUAUUACAUUUCAUAAAUGUACAUAUAUUUUGCUACUGCCUGACCACUUAAGGUUGCACUUUACUGAACACUGUGUUACAUUUCAAAUACAACCAAAAUUAAAACAGAUUUG